GGGAAGUCGGGGCGUGUGGUGCCGGUCACGCACGCCCGUGUCUUUGCCCUCCUGCCUGAAACCGCCGAGAGAGCGAGAGCGAGCGAAGUGGGAACGCCAUGCCCAAGAAAUACACCCUCAAGCCGAGCUCGCCCGGCUGCGAACUGGCCGAUGUGGCCAAUCUAAACCAGUUUCCAGGCCACUGGAAGGGUUCCACCAUGGGGAACUCCGACACGGACCAGAAGGCAUCCUACGAAGAUGCCUCUGGGGAGCACGGGGAGGCCGUCAGCACGAUUUCCAGCAGCAUGAACCCGCUGCAGCCGCCGGACGCCUCCUCCUCGGAGCCUUUUACCACCUACUUUGACAGCAAGAUCCCGAUUCCCGAAGAUGAAACGCACUCCUGCUUUAGUUUCCGCAAGCUCUGGGCUUUCACGGGGCCGGGCUUUCUGAUGAGCAUUGCCUACCUGGAUCCGGGCAACAUCGAGUCGGAUUUACAGUCCGGGGCUGUCGCGGGAUUUAAGCUGCUCUGGGUCCUGAUGCUGGCGACGAUCAUCGGGCUGCUCCUGCAGCGGCUGGCCGCGAGGCUGGGGGUGGUGACGGGGCUGCACCUGGCCGAAGUGUGCCACCGGCAGUACCAGAAGGUUCCUCGGAUUAUCCUGUGGCUGAUGGUCGAACUCGCCAUCAUUGGAUCCGACAUGCAAGAAGUCAUCGGCUCGGCGAUUGCUAUUAACCUCCUGUCCGUGGGGAAGAUCCCGCUGUGGGGCGGCGUGCUCAUCACCAUUGCUGACACGUUCGUGUUUCUCUUCCUGGACAAAUAUGGCUUGCGAAAACUGGAAGCGUUCUUUGGUUUUCUGAUUACCAUCAUGGCUCUAACGUUUGGAUACGAGUAUAUCACGGUAAAACCCGACCAGGAGAAGCUGCUAAAAGGGCUGUUCAUCCCAUACUGCCAGAACUGCGGCACGCCCCAGCUGGAGCAAGCCGUGGGAAUCGUGGGCGCUGUUAUCAUGCCGCACAACAUGUACCUGCACUCUGCCUUGGUCAAGUCCCGGCAAGUGAACCGUGCAAACAAGAGGGAAGUACGAGAAGCUAAUAAGUAUUUCUUCAUCGAGUCCUGCAUCGCUCUCUUUGUCUCCUUCAUCAUCAACAUCUUCGUUGUGACCGUCUUCGCUGAGGCUUUCUUUGAAAAGACGAACGCGGAUGUGAGCGACGUCUGCGUGAACGCCAGCAGCCCGCACUCCUCGCUCUUCCCAAACAACAACCAGACGCUGGAAGUGGAUAUCUACAAAGGGGGUGUCGUUCUGGGGUGUUACUUCGGCCCCGCUGCUCUCUAUAUCUGGGCGAUCGGGAUCCUCGCUGCCGGCCAGAGCUCGACGAUGACGGGCACAUACUCUGGGCAGUUCGUCAUGGAGGGCUUCCUGAACCUGCGGUGGUCCCGUUUUGCCCGGGUGCUGCUGACCCGCUCUAUCGCCAUCACCCCCACCCUCUUCGUCGCCAUCUUUCAGGACGUCGAACACCUGACGGGCAUGAACGACUUCUUAAAUGUUCUUAUGAGCCUCCAGCUUCCGUUCGCUUUGAUCCCUGUCCUGACGUUCACCAGCCUGCCCAGUGUCAUGAAUGACUUUGCCAACGGAUUGUUCUGGAAGAUCGGUGGUGGCGUGCUGAUCCUCCUGAUCUGCAGCAUUAACAUGUACUUCGUGGUGGCCUAUGUCAUGUCCCUGAACCACAUGGCUUUGUACAUUGGGGCUGCGAUCCUCAGCGUGAUCUACCUGUCCUUUGUGGCGUAUUUGGGCUGGCUGUGUCUGAUUGCUCUGGGGGUCUCUUUCCUGGCCUGCGGGAGAACGCGCCGCCUGGGAUUCGCCGCUCACCCCGAACUCUUCCUCCUCAACAACGUCGACGCAGACGCGCCCGUCACCAGAUGAUUCCGGCCGCCGCCGUCCUAAGGAUAGAACCGGUUCUAACGGAAACCCUUCUUGUGCCGCAGAAAACUCUCCUCCGUCACUCGAGUUUAGCGCGGGACCAGGCGCGCGGUUGGGAAUUGUGAGCGGAGCCCGGGAUUUCUUCCGGGGAGGACGGCGGGAUCAGACCGUCCCGUGAGCGGCCGGAAGAGCUGCGGAGCCGCCGCCUCGCAUCGGCCGCGGGGGAAGAUCCCGGGUCCGAUCCACGGCAUCGCCGACCUUGGGGGCUUGCUUUUAGGUACCUCGAAAGUCUUCUCCCCCCCCCCCAUUUCUUCCUCCCACCCCCCAAGUAGCUGGUCUGAUCUGGGAAGGGAUCCGUUGGUGGUUUUUCCCGAUUUCCAUUCAACUUUCUCCUGCCUGGCUGGUAGAUCUGCUGUGCGGCUAAUCCCUUCUUUUUCUCCCUAAUUUGGGGGAAAUUCCAGGCUUGGAAAACCGAGCGGGGGGCAGGGAUUCAUUACUAGCGAUUUCAUAGAGGGGGUGCGCUCAAAUUAGGAGGAAUGAGAGAAACCGCGGCGAGAAGCCACCGAGGGACCCCGGUUUCGCGGCCGG